AUGACAUGCUCAAAAAUAUUUUCAGGAGAUUUACCUGAACUAACCUAUAACAUUAUACAGUAUCUUAGAAAAGAUAUUUCAACAUUAUAUUCAUGUAUUUUAGUAAAUAGAUUAUGGUGCCGUUUAGCCAUUCCAUUAUUAUGGGAAGAUCCAUUUUCACUUUCUACUCAAAAUUAUCAUUAUAUUAAUACUUAUUUAUGCUUCUUAAAUGAGGAUGGCAAAGCAAAAUUUAAUGAAUAUGGAAUUAAUGAUAAUUUAUUACUUUCAAAUACAUUAUUCAAUUAUCCUAGUUUUAUUAAAUACUUAGAUACAUUUAAAAUUAGUAAUUCUGUUGAAGAUUGGGUUAUUACUUUAGAGUAUAAAUACAAUCAUAUUCUAGGAAAAUUAGCUUAUAGGUCAUUACUCAUUGAAAAUGAAGUAAACUCACAUUCUUUUGAAGUUGUAUUGGACAUGAAUUUUUAUUAUAAUAGUUAUUUUGAUGAUACAAUAGACUUGAUUUUACAAUAUCCAAAUCUUACAUACAAUAUCAGAGGUUUAACACUCAGUCAUGUUACCUUAUCGGAAAAUACCAUUCCAUUUUUAAAAUUUUUAAGUUCUAAUUACAAUUCAAUCUCAUCGAUUGUUUUUAAAUUUCCUUUAUAUAAAAUUGAUAUCAAUGAUUAUUCAUUAGUUGAAAAUUAUUUAUCACCAAUAAUUAUUUCACAAAAUAAUCUCAAAAAAAUUUCAUUUGGAUCUUUUGUUAAUUUAUAUAAUCCAUUUUUAACAUUAAAAAAUUUUAAUUGUUCAAAUACUUUAAAUACAAUUACAUUUUAUUUCAUUGAUUUUAAAAAUAUAAUUAGUAUUUUACAAGAGGUUUUUGAUCAAUUGAAUGUUUUAGAAUCUAUUCACAUUAUUUAUUGUUAUUCUUUAAAUCCAGAUUUUGUUCAACAAAUUAUUAAGGUCAUUAAACCUUUUAAAUUAAGAUCUUUGUUUAUGAAUGAAAUAAUACUUAAUGAACAUAUUGAAUCAUUACUAUUAUUAUUACAGAAAUUUAGUGGUUGUUUAGAAAAUCUUGGAUUUGGAUGUGGAAAAAUGGGAGAAACCAUUUAUUAUGAACAAAAACAACAAUUAUUUGAAUUUAUUAUAAAAUAUUGUAAAAAGAUUAGAUAUUUUUAUUCGGGUAUACCUUAUUAUUAUAAUAAUAAUAAUAACAGUUCAAUUUUAUUACGAAAUUUAGGACAGGCUCUUCCUUCUAGGUUAGAAUAUUUAUGUUUAGCUCUUUCUUUUAUUACAAGUGAUCUAGAAAUAUUUUUAAAAAAUUCACAAAAUACUUUCAUUAAGAAAUUAUUAAUUAGUAAUAAAUUCGAGUAUACACCCGAAGAAGAUGAAAGAGAUGAAAAUACAAAAAUUUUAUUUUUUAUAAAGAAAUAUAUUAUAAAAAAGGAAAGGAUUAAAUAUUUGGCUAUUGUAGAAUCAGAUUCUAAUGCCAGUACAGCACCUGUCGAAUUAUUUUUUUUAAAAGACGAAGUAAAUGAAUAUAAAUUACAUAAUAUUAUAGUUCAAAAAUAUGAGGAUUUAUAUAUUGAUACAUUUAGUUAUAUAAAUAACCAUACACAAUGUUAAUAAAUAAGGCAUUACAAAAUCUUCAUUGGGAUAAGACGAUAAGUUCUUUGCUGAAAUGUAUUAAAUUGUGCCAGAAUAGUGAAUUUUUAGUAAUUAUUUGGAU